AUGGAGACUUCCUCCGCUGAUAACAAUUCAACUGACCUACCCUCACAGCCCUGGUACGAACCCCAAGUCAUUCUCUCCAUGGGCAUUCUCAGCCUCACUUUCUUACUGGGGUUGCCAGGCAACGGGCUAGUGCUGUGGGUGGCUGGCCUAAAGAUGCAGCGGACAGUGAACACGGUUUGGUUUCUCCAUCUCACGCUGGCCGACUUCCUCUGCUGCCUCUCGUUGCCCUUCUCCCUGGCUCACUUGGCGCUGCAAGGACACUGGCCCUAUGGCUGGUUUCUGUGCAAGCUCAUCCCCUCCAUCAUCAUCCUCAACAUGUUUGCCAGCGUCUUCCUGCUGACUGCCAUUAGCCUGGAUCGUUGUCUUUUGGUCCUCAGGCCAAUCUGGUGCCAGAAUCACCGCAAGGUGGGGACAGCCUUCGCUAUCUGUGGAUGUAUAUGGGUGGUGGCUUUUGUAAUGUGUAUGCCUGUGUUCAUGUACCGGAAAACAUUCGCUGUAGAUGACCAUUACAUGUGUGGCUACAAUUUUAGUCCCUACAGCUCCUUUGGUUAUUCAGACUUCACCAGUGAUCUACUGGAAAAUGGGUCUCUUGACAACUCCACUGUGCACCUGCCUGGAGAAAUGGAUGAGGGAUUAGAGUCUUUCUCUUUACAAACAAAUGAUCUUCCUUGGACAGCCACCACUAUCCUCUAUUCUCGAACAUUUCAAAGACCUUCUGGAGAGUCACUCCCUAUGGAUUCAGCUAAAUUAUCUAGUCAAUAUCCAUAUUAUAAUUUUCUUGCUAGUAAGGUCUCAUCUAUAAGCCCCAGUGGGUUUCCUAUUGAAGAUCGCAGAACUAACCCACCAGAUAACUCUGAUAGUUUUCUCUCUACCGAUUUAGAGCUUUACUCUGGUACUUCCAGCAACUCCUUAUACACAUAUGAGCUAUUCCGAAAUCUCCAGGAUUAUGAUCUAGGCCAGUUUUCAUACAACAAUCAAGUACUAACACCCCUGAUGGCAAUAACCAUCACUAGACUAGUGAUGGGUUUCAUUCUGCCCUUUAUGGUCAUGAUGACCUGUUAUGGCCUCAUUAUCUUCCGAAUGCGACACGGCCGCUUCACCAAGUCUCGGACCAAAACCUUGCGAGUGGCCAUGGCUGUGGUGGUUGUCUUCUGUGUCUGCUGGGCUCCAUACCACAUUAUUGGAGUCCUAUCAUUGUUUUUUGACUCAGAAACUCCCUUUGGAAAAGCUCUGCUGUCUUGGGACUACGUGUCCAUUGCUCUAGCAUCUGCCAAUAGUUGCUUUAAUCCCUUCCUCUAUGCCUUCCUGGGAAAAGAUUUCAGGAAGAAAGCCAAACAGUCCAUGAAGGGCAUUCUGGAGGUGGCUUUCAUUGAAGACUUCACACACUCUACCAGCUGUCCCCAAAGCAAAGUCUUUUUGGAAAGAAACCGUAUCAGUAUACCUGUGUGA